CCUUUUUAAAGUCACAUUCAAACUCUUGUCUAUUUAAUGCACCUCUCCUCCUCAUCCUCCCCUUGGAGAUCCAGCUGAAAGAAGCUUUCCCAUCCAUUGUUCUCACUUUCUUCGGAUUCUCUCUGCUCCAAAUUCUUCGGCCCGAAAAUGGAAGGAAGGGCGUUUCCAAUGCCUAUUCUUCUUUACAUUGCAGUUUUCAUAGCUGCUUCUUGUUCUUCAUCAGAAGCAGCUGCCCCGACAAGUUCGUUCGAUAACAAUUUCAGUAUAAUGUGGUCUGAGAACCAUUUUACAACUUCAGCAGACAAGCAGAUCUGGUAUCUUUCCCUCGACAAAGACACAGGUUGUGGAUUUCAAACGAAACAAAAGUACAGAUUUGGAUGGUUUAGCAUGAAGAUCAAGUUGGUCGGAGGUGACUCCGCCGGCGUAGUCACAGCUUAUUAUAUGUGCUCAGAAAACGGAGCAGGGCCAGAGAGGGAUGAGCUAGAUUUUGAGUUCUUGGGGAAUAGGACUGGGCAACCUUAUCUGAUCCAGACAAAUGUGUUCAAGAACGGAACUGGAAACCGUGAGAUGAGGCACCAGCUUUGGUUUGACCCAACUGAGGAUUAUCAUUCUUAUUCAAUUCUCUGGAACGAUCAUCAGAUUGUGUUUUUUGUGGACAAAGUUCCCAUAAGGGUGUACAAGAACAAUGGGGAAGCAAACAACUUCUUCCCCAACGAGAAGCCAAUGUACUUGUUCUCCAGCAUAUGGAACGCAGACAGUUGGGCCACCAGAGGUGGGCUGGAGAAGACUGACUGGACGAAAGCACCAUUUGUGUCCUCCUACACCGACUUCAGUGUGGAUGCUUGCCAAUGGGAGGAACCAUUCCCUGCGUGCGUCUCCACCACAACAGAUAACUGGUGGGACCAGUAUAAUGCCUGGCACCUAUCAGACGAUCAGAAGAAGGAUUAUGCUUGGAUACAGAGAAAUAUGGUGAUCUAUGAUUACUGCACGGAUUACGAGCGAUUCCCAACAUUGCCGGUGGAGUGCUCAUUGAGUCCAUGGGACUAGAACACAUAAUAUUGUAAAGCUUUGUAAUUUCAAUUUUUGUAUUUUGCAAUUGGAUUUUUAUUAAAUUUGUUAAAUCAAUUUUGUUCAAUAAAUUUUUUUUUUUUUUUUGAACAAUUGUUCAAUAAAAUAAUUAAUUCCAUUCUA